AUAUACUUAAAAACCAUAUACUUAAAAACCCAUUAAAUUUCAUAACAUAUAUUGUUAAAUUUAUUUGUAUUGUCUAAAGAUCAAGGUUUCACGAAUAAUUAUUCGUCUAAAAUCAUUAAACUGUAAAAUAAAAUAAUGAUAAUCAAUACUAAUAAAGGAGGUUCCGAACUUAACUUUGACAUAAAAAGUAAAUUUAUGCUCCAAAUUCGGAAAAUGAUAGUCUUAAACCAGGUUAUUGGUUCUAGACCUGAAACUAAUAUAAUUUAUGUUCCAGGUCAUGAUAAAAAACUCUUCCUUCAAAAAUUAAAAAACAUAACAAUUCCGCAGUAAAAUUUUAAUUUUAUUUUACUCAGUUUUUUAUUAAAAUGGAAGAUACAAGAAAAAUACAAAUAGCCGAAAAUAAGUUUCCUAUGCUUAUUAUGGGUGAUGAAAAUAGGUUUUUAAAAACUACAUAUUUCCAAUAUAUACAAUAUUGUGAAAGUCUUAGUGCUUCAUUUUUUAAGGGACGUUCAACAGAAGUUCAAAAUAAUAUUUUAAAAGCAAAUUUUGGAUUAACAAAUGAAGACAUACUCAGUUGGGAGAAUAGAGCCUCUCGUUACCAAAUGACUCCUCAAAGUUUCUCAUUUUUUUUACAUGUUGCUAUGUACUCUGCUUCUCAUGGUUUUAACGCAGUAUAUGAU